AUGGACGAGGACUUCAAAAAAAUGUUCAUUAGUUUGAUGGAGGGGCAGCAGAAACUCCUCACUCAAUUGUCGAUGUCGCAGACAGCUACUACAGCCGCAGCAAGAACGGUACCGACGGAUGCUCGGAUGGAAUCGUUAGCCAACUCAAUUACAGAGUUCCACUAUGAUCCAGAGGCUAACCUCACUUUCGAUCAUUGGUUUAGUCGUCACGAGGAUGCUUUUCGGGUAGAUGCAGCUAGCUUAGAUGAUCCGGCGAAGGUUCGGCUACUCCUACGUAAGCUCAGUGACAAAACUCACGCAGAAUAUACAAAUCACAUUCUGCCGAAACAACCUAGGCAAUGUAAUUUCGAUGAGACGGUUGAAAAACUGAAGGAGUUGUUUGGCGCGCAUGUAUCAACUUUUUGCAAGCGAUACCGUUGUUUAACACUCAGCAAAAAUGCUUCAGACGAUUUUCAAUCCUAUGCCGGACGAGUUAACCGUCUCUGUGAAGAUUUCAAUGUGGCAUCUUGUUCCAUUGAUGAUUUCAAGUGCCUUAUCUUUGUAUGUGGAUUACACGCAAAACAAGAUGCCGAGAUACGAACAUCGCUACUAUCGAAAUUGGAGGGGAAUAAAAAGCUAACAAUGAACGAUCUCACUGCCGAAUGUCAUCGAAUUUUGAACCUGAAAAAAGAUGCAUCAAUACUCGAGAAUCCUGCGAUGUUAGCUGAAAGUGAUAUUGUCUCAGUGAAUGCUGUCAGUGAUAAUCAAGACAACUCAUCUCACAAAUCUAAGUUCAACUCAGCUCACAAACCUCACUCUUCUGAUCAGCAUACACAAUAUAAAAACAACGCUGAUUGUAGUGAAGGAAAUGGUACGAAUAAGCCUAGAACGCCUUGUUGGAAGUGCGGACAAAUGCAUUUUGUUCGUGUCUGCCCGUAUCAAGAUCAUCGCUGCCAAGAAUGCCAACGCAUCGGUCACAAAGAGGGUUACUGUCAGUGCGCGUCAUCAAAUGCUGGCAGAAAACGAAAGUGGAAACAACCGCCUGCUCACACCAAGGGCAUUUAUACCGUCAAACAAGUGGCAGUUCAUCACCUGAGGAAAUUUGUGCCUGUUAGCAUCAACAACGUUACGUUAGAACUUCAACUAGACUGCGCUUCGGAUAUCACCGUCAUUUCGGAAGAAAAUUGGAUUCGUAUAGGCCGCCCUCAAACGAGAUCACCAUCGCAGAAAGCCUGCACUGCUUCGGGACAACCGCUAGAAUUACUGGCUGAAACUGAUUGUAGUGUUUCAUUGAGAGGAAUCACCCGCUCAGGCCUCGAUUUUAUUGAGCGCUUCAAUUUGUGGGACAUUCCUCUAAGCACAAUCUGCUGCAGUGUGACAUCAACUACGGACGAUAUACAGUGGUUACGAUCAUCAUAUCCAAAAGUGUUUACCGAUACACUGGGCUGCUGCAACAAAACGGAAGCCAAGCUGUAUCUUAUGCCAGAUGUUCAGCCAGUUUUCAGAGCGAAAAGGCCAGUGCCAUUUGCCGCGCUACAGCCAAUUGAAGCUGAACUGAAACGGUUGGAGACAUUGGGGAUUAUUUCACCGGUCGAAUUUUCUGAUUGGGCUGCGCCUAUAGUUGCUGUAAAAAAAAAAUCAAACAACAACGAGCCGUGCAAAGUGCGAGUAUGUGCCGAUUAUUCCACUGGGUUAAAUAAGGUCAUUCAACCCAAUCAUCAUCCUUUGCCUUUACCAGAGGAGAUUUUUGCUAAACUCUCAGGGAGCAAAAUUUUUUCUCACAUUGAUUUGUCGGAUGCAUACUUACAAGUGCCAAUCGAACGAGAGUCUAGACGUUUUCUCACCAUUAACACACAUCGUGGACUGUUUGAAUUCAAUCGUCUGCCACCAGGUGUAAAAUCGGCUCCCGGUACCUUUCAAACAAUUAUCGACGCAAUGGUAGCAGGAUUAGAGGGCACCGAAACAUAUCUUGAUGACGUACUAGUGCAUGGCAGGACACCAGAGGAACACAGAUCUCGUCUCAUCAAACUCCUGGAACGUAUUCAAGAGUGGGGGUUCACAUUACGCAUUCAGAAGUGUUCAUUCUUCAUGUCAGAGAUACACUAUCUUGGUGUUAUUAUCAAUGAGCGUGGUAUUAAACCAGAUCCUGCCAAAACGGAAGCAAUCUGCAAUAUGCCACCUCCACAUGAUGUAACCAGUCUCCGCUCAUUUCUUGGAGCCAUAAACUUCUAUGGGAAAUUUAUACAGAACAUGCACGAUCUUCGUCCCCCACUUGAUGCCCUUCGGCGAAAAGACACAAAGUGGGAUUGGAAUGAAAAUUGUCAAAAUUCGUUUCAACAGUUUAAGAAUCUGCUACGUUCUGAUAUGCUACUAGCUCAUUACGAUCCUGCAGUCGAAAUGAUAGUUGCAGCUGAUGCAUCUAACUAUGGUGUAGGAGCUUGUCUAAUGCACAGAUAUCAAGAUGGUUCCAUCAAGGUCAUAUGUCACGCAUCUCGUUCUCUCACCAAGGCUGAACAAGGAUAUGGACAGCGAGAGUCAAUGGAUCCAUAUUACACAACAGAUUGCUGCGUCGUGAAACGGCCCGACCCGCAUGUGGGCGGCGAAAUCGACGUUCGGCAGGUGGAGGAUAAAACGUGGUUCAUCAUUUGGCAAUUUUCCAACCGAGUGUCUAACUACCCGUGA